AUCAUUUUUGCAUUACAUGCUGCGUUUCUUGGUGCUUUGGGCCGUAGGCCACACAGGACACCUCACGGCAAGACAUCUCAUUAAUUGGAGAGCAUCCAUCUUGAGCGGUGCCUAUCUGGCGCUUUCACGCAUGACUCGCAGGAGAUACGGUAAUGAGGAGCGCCCUUGCAGCCAGAAGUAUAAUUAUGGGCAUCAUGCGAAACUUUCGGGACCAAGUUGCUUGGGACGUAGCUAUUUUUACGCACCAUACAGGUGAACUACUGGACCUCGGUUAUAACUUGCGCAACGAACGCAGGGCUUGAUACCAGGAAAAAAUGCUUCCAAGAGACGUGUACGAAAAUGCUCUUUCAGAUCACGGAUUGGGUAAACAGCACUGGAGACGACGUUCCACGCGUGCUGUGGCUAUCUGGCCCUGCAAGCAAGGGCAAAUCAGCAUCGUCCACACGAGUGCUAACUGGUUCAGCGAUGCGGG